UCGCUUCUCUCCAACCUCACCUACCCCCUCCACCGCCGUCGCCGCCGCCGCCGCCGGAGAAGGAGGAGGACGCUUCGGUCUCCGCCGCCUCCCUCGCCGCCGCUCCGGUUGCCCCCGCCGGUCCCGGCGACAGGCCGCUCCAUGGACUCCUCGCCGUCUUCCACCUCCGGCUCCCUCAGGGCGUCGCCGCUCGAUCUCAUGGCGGCGAUCAUCCGGGGCAAGGCGGACCCGUCCAACAGCUCCGCCGAGUCGGCCGCCAACGAGCUGGCCUCCAUCAUCCUCGAGAACCGCGAGUUCGUCAUGGUCCUGGCCACCUCCAUCGCGGUCCUGAUCGGCUGCGUCGUCGUGCUCGUGUGGCGCCGAUCGGGCGGGAGGAAGCCGCGGGCCUUCGAGCCACCCAAGCCGCCGGCGGUCGUGCAGGAGCCCGAGCCGGAGGUCGACGACGGCAAGAAGAGGGUCACCAUCUUCUUCGGCACCCAGACUGGUACCGCCGAAGGCUUUGCUAAGGCUAUGGCGGAGGAGGCGAAAGCGAGGUACGAGAAGGCGGCGUUCAAAGUCGUUGACUUGGAUGAUUACGCUGCUGAGGAUGAGGAAUACGAGGAGAAAUUGAAGAAAGAGGACGUGGCCUUUUUCUUCUUGGCAACAUAUGGAGACGGCGAGCCGACAGAUAAUGCUGCGAGAUUCUACAAAUGGUUUUGUGAGGGUAAAGAGAGAGGUCAGUGGCUACAGAACUUGCAGUAUGGAGUUUUUGGCCUUGGCAACAGACAGUAUGAACAUUUUAACAAGGUUGCAAAUAUAGUGGAUGACAUCCUUGUUGAGCAAGGUGCGAAGCGUUUAGUGCCAGUCGGUCUUGGAGAUGAUGACCAGUGCAUUGAAGAUGAUUUCACUGCAUGGCGUGAGUUGUUGUGGCCGGAGUUGGAUCAGUUGCUUCGGGAUGAGGAUGAUGCCACAACUGUGUCCACUCCCUAUACUGCUGCUGUACCAGAAUAUCGGGUUGUUUUCCACGAACCUGCAAAUGCUAAAGUAGACAGAAGCUUGAGUUUUGCAAAUGGCCAUGCCGUAGUUGAUGCGCAACACCCAUGCAGGGCUAAUGUGGCUAUAAAGAAGGAGCUUCACACUCCUGCAUCAGAUCGCUCUUGUACUCAUCUUGAGUUUGACAUUGCUGGCACGGGACUCACAUAUGAGACAGGAGAUCAUGUCGGUGUAUACUGUGAGAACCUGAUUGAAACUGUGGAGGAAGGAUUAAACCUAUUGGGUUUGUCGCCGGAUACGCAUUUCUCCAUCCAUACUGAUAAUGAGGAUGGAACACCGCUUGGUGGAAGCUCGCUACCACCACCAUUCCCACCCUGUACUUUAAUAUCAGCACUCACACGAUAUGCAGAUCUCUUGAGUUCUCCCAAAAAGUCUGCUUUGCUAGCUUUGGCAGCUCAUGCUUCUGAUCCUGCUGAUGCUGAUCGAUUGAGACACCUUGCUUCACCUGCUGGAAAGGAUGAGUACGCCCAAUGGAUAAUAGCAAGUCAGAGAAGUCUCCUUGAAGUCAUGGCUGGAUUCCCCUCUGCUAAGCCCCCACUCGGUGUCUUCUUUGCAGCAGUUGCCCCUAGGUUGCAACCCCGAUACUAUUCAAUCUCAUCAUCCCCAAGGAUGGCUCCCUCUAGGAUUCACGUUACUUGUGCACUAGUUUAUGAUAAGACUGCUACUGGAAGGAUUCACAAAGGAGUGUGUUCAACUUGGAUGAAGAAUGCUGUGCCUUUGAGCAAAAGCAAUGAAUGCAGUUGGGCACCCAUUUUUGUAAGGCAAUCAAACUUCAAGCUUCCAACAGAUGCUAAAGUGCCGAUUAUCAUGAUUGGCCCUGGCACUGGAUUGGCACCUUUCAGGGGCUUUCUGCAGGAAAGAUUUGCUCAGAAAGAAGAUGGAGCUGAAUUGGGACCUUCAAUAUUGUUCUUUGGAUGCAGAAAUCGUGGAAUGGAUUACAUUUAUGAAGAGGAACUGAACAACUUUGUUGAAUCUGGUGCACUUUCUGAGCUAGUUGUGGCCUUCUCACGUGACGGACCCACGAAAGAAUAUGUUCAACAUAAAAUGAUGGAGAAGGCAUCGGAUAUCUGGAACAUGCUUUCUCAGGGAGCUUAUAUUUAUGUUUGCGGUGAUGCCAAAGGCAUGGCCAGGGACGUCCACAGGACACUGCACACUAUUGCGCAAGAACAGGGAUCUCUCGAUAGUUCAAAAGCGGAGAGCAUGGUGAAGAAUCUGCAAAUGAGCGGGAGGUAUCUCCGCGACGUGUGGUAACGAACUAAAUCCCCGGGAUGACGUUACGUUUCAAGAAAGCUAAUGAGAUAGCCAGGCUUUUGCCGCGAAAGCCUCCCCUUGCCCGAACCCGCGAGGGCAACGACACGUUUUAUCGUGCCACGGGGGGAUUAUAUGAUUCUUUCUCUUCUCCUUCUUAUUCUGUGGGGGUAAUUUUUUGGUUCUUAUAAGUUAUACGCAAAAACAUUGUAAAAUAAGUUAUAUUUUUAGGUAAUGUGAACUCUAAAUUUUCCUCUUGUGUUGA